AUGUCUGACUGGUCCGACCUUACCGCGGCUCUUAAAGGAAGCUUAGACAAGCUCUCCGAGCUCCUCCAAUCUGACGAUCAGCUGAAAGCCUUCACAACGUCAAACGCUAUCGAGAAGGACGUCACUUUUGGUAUCAAGUCAAGUGGUUCGGACAACACCCUCCUCAUCACAGUGUCCAAUGGCAGCGCAAAAGCCAGCACUGGCGCGUCGAAAGAUGCUCUAUUCACGCUUGUGGCUCUCCCCGAGCAAUGGGAACAGCAUUUCAAAGCAGUCCCGGCUAUGCCGUACCAGAGCUACUGGGGAAUGUUCGGCAUGAACAUCAAGCAGAAAGGCAUUGAAGUGCUGGGCGAUCAGACAGCCUUCGCGCAAUGGACCCAUGUAUGGAGGCGCGUCCUAGAGCUUACACAUGACGCGCACUGUGGACCAAUGAAAGAAGACGAGCAAGUCGAACCGGAGCGGGAUUUCCUUACCGGAAAGUACACAUACCUUGAAGCUCCAGUGUGGGGUAGAUGCAAGGUCUUCUACGAGUACUCUGGUGAGGGAAAGCAGCCCAUUGUCUUCUUGCAUACCGCUGGCAGCGACAGCCGGCAAUAUCACGGCGUUAUGAAUGAUGCGAGAAUGCGCAAGAAGUGCAUCAUGUACGCGUUUGACCUGCCUGGACAUGGACGAAGUUUCCCAUCGAAGAACUACGCACCAGGCGCGCAUACGAAUACUGAAGAUAGCUACGUGGGAAUGAUCACAGCUUUCGUGAAAGCUCUUGGCCUGCGAAGACCCAUCAUUUGCGGCGCGAGUAUGGCUGGACAGGUUUGUUUGGCAGUUGCGAUUCGACACAGGGAAGUUGGCGCCGCGGGAGUCAUUCCUCUGCAAGGGUCCGACUACCUCAAUAUGGAGCGACAAUGGCACGACCGCUCUCCAGUAGUCAACCAGUCGCUUUUCAACCCAGAAUGGAUCUACGGGAUGAUGGCACCAACUACACCUCGCGCAAAUAAACAGCUCAUAUGGCACACAUACAGUGCCCAAGCCUACGGCAUCUUCCACGGCGACCUCGACUUCUACUUUGGCGGCUGGGACGGCCGAUCACGCGUCGCCAAGGUCGACACCCAGAGUUGCCCCAUAUACAUGUUGACUGGCGAGUACGAUUGGUCCAAUACACCAGAAAUGGCACAGAAGACGGCAGACAAGAUACCUGGAGCUAUGCACAAGAGCAUGCCGGAUCUAGGUCAUUUCCCAGCUACGGAAAAUCCGGCCAAGUUUGUGCCGCAUCUCAUUGAAGCGAUUGAUCAUAUUCAGAAGGUCAGGAGCGAUAAUCUGAGCACGAUGAGGUUGGGUGAUGGUACGGAUUAA